CUUUACUAAGUACUAUUUAAGUAUUGAGUAACCUCCAACACUUUUCCUCCAUUUUCCACUCUCUUACAACAAUGGCCAUGAGCAACAACAUAACAGCUCUGGCGAACUUCAUCGCCCUGAUGUGCUCCAUCCCGAUCAUCUCGGCCGGCAUAUGGCUCGCCUCGAAGCCCGACAGCGAGUGCAUCCGGUGGCUGCGGUGGCCCCUGGUGUUCAUCGGCAUCGCCUUCCUCCUCGUUGCCCUCACGGGCUUUGUCGGCGCCUACUGGAAGAAAGAGGGCCUCCUCGGCCUCUACCUCGUCCUCAUGUUCAUGCUCAUCGUCCUCCUCCUCGUCCUCCUCGUCCUCGCCUUCGUCGCCACCCGCCACGCCGGCGCCUACUCCGUCCCCGGCGCUGCCUUCCGCGAGUACCGCCUCGCCGGCUUCUCCAACUGGCUCAGGGACCACGUCAUCGGCGACGAUAACUGGCCCGGGAUUAGGGCGUGUUUGGCCGAGUCGCAGAUAUGCCCGAAACUCGCCGGGAAGUAUUUCUCCGCCGCGGAGUUCUUCGCCGCCCAUCUCUCUCCUAUUGAGUCCGGAUGUUGCAAGCCUCCGAUGAUAUGCGGGUACCAGUACGCUGGUCCCACGACAUGGAAUGGCGCAUCCAGCGUUGUAGCAGACGUUGACUGUGCCAUGUGGAGCAACGACCCGAGCCAGCUCUGCUACAACUGCGAGUCGUGCAAGGCAGGGCUGCUGGGGAACCUGAGGCGUGAGUGGAGGAAGGCGAACGUCAUACUCAUUGUGACCGUGGUGGUGCUAAUUUGCUUGUACGUCAUAGCUUGCAACGCGUACAAGAAUGCUCAGUUGGUGGACACAGUAAAGAGAUAGGAGGGGCUUAAAAUAUGUGGAAAUUAGAAAAAAAAAACUAUUUCAACCCGAACUAUGCCUAGAUUAUUAGUUGAGUCUCUACUAGCAUUUUUUUAUGUAUCUGUCACUACGAGUAGGGAUGGGCUUAAUUUUUUCCCCUAGUUUGAUUAUGGUUUGCAUAUGCCAUUUUAGUGCUUUGUUUGUAUAUAUUCUUUUCUAGUAGUAUUCUCUAAGUGAGUGGAGUUUGAAUAUUAUGGGAUAGUUGGAAGAGUUGAUGUUUUUGAGGAGUUGCAGAUUUUGAUGAGAGUAAAGUUUCCAACUUUUUGCUGUA